AUUAAGUGGAAGGCCACUGUGAGUUUGGAAAAUGAGCACCUAUGCCACAUUCCAUUCAAACAAGCGGAAAUCGUACCCAAGCUUGAAGCUACAAGGGAAGAAGCGUGCUUUAUGUUGUGGCGAUUAACCCCCAUCACAUUCCUAAGGUUUUUACAGAAUGUAAAAGGAAACAAUAACAUCCACCCAAAAUUUUUGAAGGUGAAAUGUGAUUCUCUUGAUUCCAUCUUGCUAGUAGUCUCCGCUAUGGCUGUUAGGAAGCUCCAUUCCAAGAUUCAAGACAUUCAAAAGUUUUCUCACCUUGGGAAGGGUAUCGUUCAAUCAUUUUUUCUAGGGAGGCAAACUAAGUGAAGUGCUCAGUCUUUAGCAAAGUUCAAAGCCAAAUUCGGUUAUGAUAUUAGUGACUUUAGUGUUUAUUAUAAUGUUGCUAGUUUACCC